GUUUCAUUUUGUAGUUUGUGUCGUCCAUUUAUUUUGCAAAAUCUUGUCCAAACACGCUUAAAAAUCACAAAAAGGACUAAUAUUGAUGGUAUUUUUAUUGUCUCGCUUGAUUUUUCUGGUUUGUGGGCAAAAUAAGACGAGAAAACACAAAAUUUGGCCAAAAAUGCGCACGUUUUUGUGGUAAAAGUUUUUCGCUAAAAAAAAGUGAGGUUAAGUUUCAAGGUUCCAAAGCAGACAAGAAAUAAGCCUUAAAUAAUACAAAUAUUUCAAUUUGUGACACAUAAUCGAAAUAAAACCCACUUUUACUUGUAUUUUUUUUACUUAAAAAAAUGAUAAAAUCCGGCCUUUUUAAAUCUCUGCUGAGACGAAACAAGCUCGUGUACUUCAGUCAACAAGCCCCCAGUUUUCGUACCGAUGAAAACGACCCCCUUAAACACACCUUAAAUCAUGUGGGGCAGUACUACAGGGUGCCCCCAAAAGAACGCAAAGUGUACCUUUACGGGGGUUUACCGAAAUCGUACGAAAUUCAAUCGAAGACAUUCAAUGAGACUUGUUUAAUGGUGCGGAAGCCUUCAAUCGACAUUAUAAAUUGUUUGAAAGAGAUUGAUUACACAAAACCUGCUGUAAGAUUCGUACUUUUUGGUAAACCCGGAAGUGGUAAGAGUUUGACAAUGGCCCAUGUGUUACAUUAUGCCCACAAUGCCGGUUUUCUCCUGGUUCAUGUCCCUUGGGUGGGCAAUUGGAUGAGAAAACCCAAAGAAUUGAGUAAUUCUGAGACUAGAGAAGGGUUUUUUGAUUUAAAUAUAGACGCAGCUGCGUGGUUGGUACACUUUAAGUCACAAAAUGAGCGUUUAUUGAGCACUCCUGAGCUUAAAACGACUCAGGAACACGUUUGGAGUAAACGUGAGAGUACACCAAAGGGGGCCACUUUACUCGAAUUGAUUGAUCAUGGGAUUAAUAGAUUGAAAUAUGCCUCUGAGUGUGUCAUUGCCUUAGCUGAAGAGUUAAAAGAGUUGAGUAAAACGGGACAUUGCAAGACUUUAGUGGCAAUUGACGGUUUUAAUGCGUUUUUUUACCCAAGAACUCGCGUUUUUAAGGAGAAAAAAGAAGUGGUUCCCCCGAAUAAAAUCACACUGACUGAGGCUUUCCUCAAUUUGACCAAAUUCGACUGGAAUAAUGCUGCAAUUGUUGUCACUGUUGAUCAAAUUGCUCUUUAUGAAGAGGAUCAAAAGUCGUAUUUUCCCAGGUAUCUCUUGGGGAAGGAAGGAUUUGAACAUUUAGACCCAUUUGUACCAGUUUUUGUUGAUGUUUAUACACCUAAAGAGUUAAAAAGUUGUAUGGAUUAUUACAGAGAGAGGAAAUGGAUUAGGUAUUUCCCACAACAGGACGAAGAAUUGGGGUCACUGAGUGCAAAUAAUCCGUUUAAAUUAAUGCAGUUGUGCACUUCACUUUAAAUGUAACAAAAUUCGAAUAAAUUGAUUACA